AUGGGAAAACCAAGUUUGAAGAUCAAAAGGCUGCCUUUAAUGGCAGUUGUAUGUGCAGUAAUGUUGUUCGUUGUAUAUAGGACUUUAAAGUAUCAACAGAAGCAAGAAGAGAUAGACCAAAGGUGGAUUAUCCGGAGAGAUGUAGAGCCAUAUGCGGCUCAUACUGGAAAGUUAGAAGGCUUGCCACGAGGUAUAAUACACGCCACUUCAGAUUUGGAGCUAAGGCCUUUAUGGUCGUCAGAUGAUUUAAGAUCAAAGGUUAAUGUUUACUCGAAUCGUAGCUUGUUGGCCGUUCCAGUUGGUAUCAAGCAAAAGGAAAAUAUAGAUACUAUGGUGCAAAAGUUUCUCGCAGGAGGUUUUACAAUUAUUUUAUUCCAUUAUGAUGCCAAUGUGGAUGGAUGGAAGGAUCUUGAUUGGUGUAGCAGGGCCAUACAUAUAGCUGCUAAAAAUCAAACAAAGUGGUGGUUUGCAAAAAGAUUUCUAAGUCCAGAUAUAGUUUCUAUUUAUGAUUACAUCUUUCUCUGGGAUGAGGAUUUGGGGGUCGAAUAUUUUUCCCCGUCGAGAUAUGUUAAGAUUGUAAAGGAAGAAGGGUUGGAGAUAUCUCAACCAGCUCUUCAUCCGAAUUCGACAGAGAUACAUCACAAAUUAACAGUCAGAGCUAGGACCAAGAAAGUGCAUCGACGGGUCUAUGAACUCAGAGGUAAAACUAGGUGUUCAGAUGAAAGUGAUGGGCCACCAUGCACCGGGUUUGUCGAAGGUAUGGCUCCUGUUUUCUCUCGAUCGGCAUGGUAUUGUACUUGGCAUCUUAUACAGAAUGACCUUGUACACGGAUGGGGAAUGGAUAUGAAACUAGGAUAUUGUGCUCAGGGAGAUCGCAGUCAAAAUGUGGGUGUUGUUGAUAAGGAAUAUGUUUUUCACAAGGGGAUACCAACUCUUGGUGGUAACAGUCAUGCUAUAAUCAAAAAACACGGCUCAACAGGAAUUGAUCUGAGAACUGAGAUAAGACGGCAGUCAGCACGGGAACUGGAAAUCUUCAAAGAGCGCUGGAAAGAAGCCAUUGCCCACGACGAAAGUUGGAUUAAACCAUUUAAGAGUGGUAAAAGACGCAUAAGAAGAAAGCGCAACCGCCGACUGUUCUCUUAA